UGUUGCUGAUCAUAACAUAACAAAAUAUUCAGACAGGUAUUAACAAGGAUUUAUUCAACAUUGAAUAUCAGAUUGCUAAAGUUAAAAUGGUACACAGAAUUCGUGUUUGCAGUAUCUUAAUUUUUUUAUUUUUGGCUUUAAAUUACUUGGAAGCAAAAAGGGAAAGAAAGCCAAAGACAGUUGGAAAAUGUUUAGAUAAACAAGGAAAAUUAAAAUGCAACUCAAAGCAAGCGUGUGUGGACAAGAACAAACUAUGUGUACCCUAUGACAUGUCACCAAAGUGUAAAUGCAAGAAACUCAAAGUGAAAGGAUGCGAGGAUAUGCUCGGAAGAUCAGUGUGCAAAAAUGAUGAAGUUUGUCUCGACAAAAAGACAGGAAAUCCUUGUAGCAAUAAACAAUCCAAAAAUUGCAAAUGUACCGUGCAGAAAGAGACCGCGCCUGAAAAUUCACCUAAUGGUCCAGGCUGCUUUGUCGCCGUUGAUUUGAUCAAGAUAUUUAUACCGUUAGACCACAAAUUCCACACGAUAAAACAGAUGCCGUGUAAAGAGUGUAUGUGCAUGCCGAGAUACCCACACUAUGUUGAUUUUUGCCGCCCAAAACCGAAUUGUAAUUCAGCACUUCACCUGUUUUUCGAUCAAUAAACGGAGAUCAUCAGACAAGAAAAUGUCUUUUCUAAUUUAUGAAGAGUUUUAUGUUUCAAUGAUUAUCAUUUCUACAUUUAUCAUCUCGCUUACAUGACAUUACAAUAAAUCUUAUUUUCUGUUUUAAGCUUUUAUAACCUUAUUUUAAAAACUGUGUCCUUUUCUUAAAAUAUCUUCUCUAUGGCACACAGUAAAUAUUCACAAAUAGAUUCUUUUUUGUGGCUUAUUGCAAAAACAUUACAUCGUACAUACUUUUACAUAAAACUUAUUUUUCCCUUUUUCAUUAAAUGUCUUUAGAAUAUAGCAACUGCUUUUAAGUGUAUUUGUUAACAUAAUUAUUUGUUCAACACAUUCAAAAA